AUGUCCCUAGGAAGAAAAGCAGCUGAAAGAUUAGCCAACAAAAUUGUGCUUGUGACUGGUGCCUCUGCGGGCAUUGGCCGUGCUACAGCCAUUAACUAUGCAGACGCGACGGACGGGGCAAUCAAGUUGAUUUUGGUGGCAAGACGCGCAGAAAAGCUCACCAGCUUGAAACAGGAGAUCGAAAGCAAGUAUCCCAACGCCAAGAUCCAUGUCGGACAAUUGGAUGUGACCCAACUGGACCAGAUCCGCCCAUUUUUGGAGGGACUACCUGAGGAGUUCCGAGACAUUGAUAUUUUAAUUAACAACGCAGGUAAGGCCCUCGGCACUGAGAGGGUGGGGGAAAUCUCGAUGGACGAUAUCCAGGAGGUUUUCAACACUAAUGUUAUCGGCUUGGUGCACUUGACUCAGGAGGUUCUACCUAUUAUGAAAGCCAAGAAUUCCGGGGACAUUGUCAAUGUUGGGUCGAUUGCCGGCCGCGAAGCCUACCCUGGUGGCUCUAUUUACUGUGCCACGAAACAUGCGGUCAAGGCUUUCACCAGGGCCAUGCGGAAGGAGCUCAUUAGCACCAAGAUCCGGGUCUUCGAAAUUGCGCCGGGCUCUGUAGAAACGGAAUUCUCCAUGGUUCGUAUGCGCGGUAACGAAGAGAAUGCCAAGAAAGUGUACCAGGGAUUUGAACCCCUAGAUGGUGAUGAUAUCGCUGAUACAAUUGUCUAUGCCACAUCCAGAAGAUCCAACACCGUAGUUGCAGAGAUGGUCGUUUACCCAUCCGCGCAAGGUUCUCUGUACGAUACUCACCGCAACUAA